AUGACUCUGGGCCAUCUCCUGCGCCCGGCCUCCUCCUGGGCCUCUCACCUCCUGACCCUCACCCCUGCGGGCGGCAACCCCGCUGUGCUGCAUGGGGAGAGCCUCUACUCCAAGAACAGUGUCUGUCCUCCCCCCGAGGGCCUGCAGGGGCUGGGGGAGUACCACCCAGGUCACCUGUGCUUGUACUUGGAGGAUGAGCUGCUGGGGGCCACCCUCAUCCUGGCCUGGGUCCCCAAAUCUCGUAUCCAGUGGCAAGACGAGGAAGCCCUGUGCUACAUCACGCCUGACAGCUCCCUGUGUGCAGGGCACCGCCGGAUGGUGAGCCCACAGGAUGGGCCGGAGGACAGCCAGGAGCCACUGGCUAAGGCCCCGGAGGAGGAGGGCUCCCUGGAGCUGUUAGCCGACGGUGUGAACGGGGACAGUUCCUUUGACUCGGCCUCGGCCUCUCACCCACCAGCGCAGUGCGGGCCGAGUGCAGCGGCAGCAGGCAGGCCCCGCACAGCCAGGGUGGGGACCCUGCUGGGCUCAGGUGCAGCCCCCUCCCCAAGCCACGAGAGUCAGUACAAGGUCUUCCACUUCCACCACGGUGGCCUGGACAAGCUGUGUGACACGCUGCAGCAGUGGAAAUACUGCAGAGACGCACCUCAGCGACCAGGCAGCCGUGGCCCGUGGCCGACAACGAGGACAUGCAUGCAGUUCUUGCGUCCCAAGCUGCCGUCUGCGGUCCACCCUCAGGAACACACGUACAGGAAGCUGGAUGUGGCUACCUGGCUCGGGCACCUGAACGACCCGGGCCGGCUGGAGGAGUACAGGCCACGGAAGGCCAUUUUCUUCGGUGGAAUGGACAUGUCCCUCCGUGGGGAGGUGUGGCCCUUCCUGCGGGAGGCACUGUGGGCCCAGAAGCACCAGGAGGACGUGGCCAUCCAGCAGGGCAGGCUCUGCACGACCCCCGAGGGGCAGAGGGACUUUUGGUACAACGUGCAGUUCGCUGUGGACAAGGGUGUGGUUCGCACAGACUGCAGCAGCCAGUUCUUCUGAGGGGGGGACCCCAACAUGGAGAGCAUGAAGAGGAUCCUGUUGAAUCAUGCCGUAUGCAACCCAGCGGUCAGCUACUCCCAGGGUGAGGCUGACCUGGUGGCACCCAUGCUGGCCGAGGUCCUGGAUGAGUCGGACACCUUCUGGCGCUUUGUGGGCUUGCUGCAGGACACCAUCUUUGUCAGCCCACCCCAGGACAAGGACACGGAGAAGCAGCUGCUCUACCUGCAGGAGCUGCUUGCCUGAUGCAGCCAUGCUUCCACCACCACCUGCUGAUGCUUCCAACAACACCUGCUGUGGCUGAGUGAGGACGGCCUGCAGCUGCUCUUCUCCCACUGCUGCCUGCUGCUCCCCGAGACCCUGCGCAUGUGGGCGGCCUGCUGGGCCCACUACCAGGUGAAUUACUCCCACCUCCUCAUCGGUGUAGCCAUCGUGGCCAUGUGCAGGGAUGACGUCAUUGAGCAGCUGGUCACUGACCAGAUGCUGCUGCACUUUGGAAACCGUGCCAUGCACAUAAACGGAGAGCUGGCACUCAGGAAGGCAAGGAGUUUGCUGUAUCGGUUCCGCCUCCUGCCUCGCAUCUCCCAGAGCCUGCGUGACAUCUGCAAGCUGUGUGGGACAGGUAUGUGGGACGGCGGGUCCAUGCCUGCCGUGGAGUGCACUGGCCAGCACCCGGGCUCCGACUGCCCAUUCGGGGGCACCUUGGAGUUGCCUUCGCCCAAGCCCCCUACAGGCUGUGGUGCCCGGAGGACUACAGCCAGGACUUCCGGCACAGGGAUUGGCGGUGGCGGCAGUAGGUUCCUCCCGCAUGCGGAAUGUGGCAGGACCAGCGGAGCAGCGGCUGUCCGGCAGGACGAGCCAGGGGUCAUGGUGGUCACCCCUGGUACCCCGCCCUGGUGCCAGGUCAUUGUGGUCACCCCUGGUCAUGGGGAUCGUGAUGUCUCCAUUGCGGCCCCCAGCACAGGCUCCAGAGGGGGCAUUGAGGGCAGCUGCUGCGGGCCUCUGCCCGACUUCCCCCCAGCAAGUCCUGCGCAGUUGUAG